AUGGUGGCUAUUCUAGAACUUAUGGGUGUGAUGGAGAAUUGGGGACUUGUGACAUAUACCGAGACGUUUUUACUUGUAGAUGAGAAGCUGAGUAGUUAUGAAAUGAAAUUAAGGCAGAUGCAGCGCGUGCAAUUUGUCACGUACUAUCCCAUCAGUGGAUUCGCUUUUGAUGCGGCGCAUCGUAUCUACCCAGAAUGGAAACUGUGGGACACAUUUGUUCAUGAUGUGAUGCUUGGAUCAGCGUUUGUAAAAGAUGCAAUGAUUUCAUCUCAUCCGAUUGAAGUAGUUGUACAUCAUCCGGAUGAAGCAGAUCAAAUCUUUAACGCAUUUUCGUAUCACAAUCCUAGCAUCAAUACGGUAACUGAGGAUUUGUGGGAAGCAUUGGAAAAGGUGGGCUUUCCUCUAGUACCCCAUUAG